GUCCGGUUCGAUACUCAGAAAGCUGCAGGUUCGUGGUAUCUUAAGCGGUCGUGGGUUCAGUACCAGUACACUUGUGUGCUUUGAAUGCUUUAGCUAUUUACCAUGUGAUAUAGCAAAACUAGUCGCGGUCUUUAAAAAAAACAAAAACAAAAAACUAGUAGGCAUUCUUUAAAACAUCUUGUACCACCGCUAACAAAUGCAUACAUCUUAAUUUGGUCUGAGUUUGGAGGUUUAAUAAAACUGCCUUUGGAAAAUCGUUUUUCCAUCCAUUAAUUAAAACAGAUAAAACAUUGACAGCGCGAGUCUACGCAGUCUGUGCUUCGGUGUAUUUGUGCCUCGCCUCCAGGAGUCUGUGUGUCCCUGGAAAUCUGAGACUUCUGCCUCAAAGGCUGCACAUCUGAGUUUAAAAGACUUCAUGCUGGUUGAAGAGUGGCUGGUUCAAGACGUGGACAAAAAAAAGAGAAGAAAAAACAAUUGUGUUUGCUGUUUCUGUACUCAAAACUGCAACCUCUAUUAAUCUAACUCCUGUAUUCCUGUAUCCACUAAGAAGCAAUUACACUGGUUCCAGUUCCCAGUACUGGCAGCAGAUGCUGGAAUGCUAAGCAGCUCAGUUAGUUAUUUGUGUAAAACAUUCAAACAAGUAACUCUCCUGAUGCAGUCUUGUUUGGGUACCAGAACAGAUUCUACUGCCAGCAAGAAACUCCACAAAAACACUGCUGCCAGGAGCUUAACAGCUCCACACCAUCAGAGCUCAAGAAAGAGAAAUGCUUGUUUUUCACUCGCCUUAGGGAUAGAGAAAGUGAAUGGGUGGUUAUAUUAUGCAUUGGUUUUGUGCAGCUGCUGGCAAUAACGGAAUCAGCUGCCUUACACCUGAUAAACGGUCCGUUCCUAAAAUCUGAAUUUGUUUUAAUGUUGUCAUUCUCAGGUGCUGUGAAUCUAGUUUUGAAGGGACUUGAUCAUUCUGCUGCAGUGAUGAAUGUGAUCUCUGUGGUGAUAUCCUUCCUGGCGUGUGAUAUCGCAGCCAGCUCCCUGCUGCACUGUGGGCUUCUCCUGCUGCCCCUCACGCUGGAUCCCUUCGGGGCCGAGUCGCUGCUCUGCCUCUGGCUGGUGGCCCUGGUUAAACUGGCCCUGCUCAGUCAGACCUCCCUGAGUCUCCUCUCUCAAGCUGGGAGAGGCAGUGCUGUGAUGGGCCGGGGCCCUCUGCUCUAUGUGGCCGCGCUGUGCGCUCUCACUCCGGCUCUCCAGAGCUGGCAGCGGGCGGUGUAUGUGAAGCCCGUGGAGAUCGUCACCGGCUCGCCGUGCCUUGGCUUCUGCCUGCUGGCCAAUGCAGUGACGGCGACGGCCUGCCUGUUCUGGGAGACCGCGUUCCCUUGCAGUGCCGGGACCGAGGCAGAGGGCUCCAGCGGGGAGGAGAAGAAGCAGCAGCAAGCCAAGGACUUGUUCAUGAGGGUGAUUGGAUACUCCAAACCAGACACCUUCCUGCUGGGAGGCGCCUUCCUGUUCCUAUCGCUGGCAGUGAUAUUCGAGAUGUUCAUUCCCUUCUACACUGGGAAGGUGAUUGACAUCCUGGGCUCCAGGUACAAGCAGAACGCCUUCAGCAGCGCCAUCCUCUUCAUGGGCCUCUUCUCACUUGGGAGCUCUCUCUCUGCGGGGCUGCGCGGGGGUCUCUUCAUGUGCUCCCUGUCCAGACUCAACAAGCGUGUGCGGGUCAUGCUCUUCAGAGCGCUGGUGAAGCAGGAGAUCGGCUUCUUCGAGACCACCAAGACAGGUGACAUCACGUCCCGGCUGUCCACAGACACCACGCUGAUGAGCCAGUCCGUGGCCAUGAACAUGAACGUGUUCCUGCGCAGCCUGAUGAAGACGCUAGCCAUGCUGUCCCUCAUGCUCAGCCUGUCCUGGAGGCUGACCCUGGUCACCGUCAUAGAGACCCUGCUGAUCAGCAUCAUCCAGAACAUCUACAACUCCUACUACCAGCGUUUAGCCAAAGAGGUCCAGGACUCUAUCGCGCGGUCCAAUGAGGCGGCGGGGGAGGCGGUCUCUGCUAUUAAAACAGUGCGGAGCUUCGCUACAGAGGACACUGAAGCCAAGAGAUACGACAGCAAGCUGUCAGACACGCAGAGACUCAAGAACAGCAGGGACACCAUCAGAGCUGCCUACCUGCUGUUGAGAAGGCUCAUCACUCUAGCAGUGCAGGUGCUCAUGCUGUACUACGGGCGUAGUCUCAUUAAAGCAGGUGAGAUGAGCACGGGCAGCCUGGUGGCCUUCAUCCUGUACCAGAGGGAUCUGGGCUCUCACAUUCGGGCUCUGGUGUACAUCUGCUCUAACAUGCUGAACUCGGUGGGGGCGGCUGCCAAGGUGUUUGAGUAUCUGGAUCGCAGGCCGAUGGUCUCCACUGACGGCACCUUGCAGCCCGAGACCCUGAGAGGACACGUGCAGUUCAACAACGUCUGCUUCACCUACCCCAGCAGACCCGACGUGCCUGUGAUCAAGAGCGUCUCGUUUGAGCUGCACCCCGGUGAGAUCACAGCUCUGGUGGGCCCCUCUGGCGGAGGGAAGUCGACGUGUGUGUCUCUGCUGGAGCGCUUUUACCAGCCCCAGAGUGGGGAGAUCCUGCUGGACGGGGCUCCCCUUCAAGAAUACCAGCACUCGUACCUGCACAGAAAGAUUGCCCUGGUGGGUCAGGAGCCGGUCCUCUUUGCCGGCUCCAUCAAAGACAACAUCGGCUACGGGCUCCCAGACUGCUCUCUGGAGCAAGCCCAGGAGGCAGCGCGGAGAGCCAACGCACACGGCUUCGUGACGAGCCUGGAGCGUGGCUACAGCACUGACGCGGGUGAGAGGGGGGGGCAGCUGGCUGGAGGACAGAAGCAGCGCAUUGCGAUCGCCAGAGCUCUCGUCAGGAACCCACAGCUCCUCAUCCUGGACGAGGCCACCAGCUGCCUGGACAUCGAGAGCGAGCAUGCGAUCCAGGAGUCUCUGUCUCGCACCCAGGGUCAGACGGUCCUGGUGAUCGCUCAUCACCUGAAGACGGUGGAGAAGGCUGAUCGUAUCAUCGUGAUUGAGGGUGGGGAGGUGCGGGAGCAGGGCUCUCACCAGGAGCUGAUGAGGAGGGAGGGCAGCUAUCACAGGCUGGUGCAGGGGCUCUUCACAGAGACACAGCCCCCGCAAUAGAGGGGCACCGCUGGGGGGCUGGGGGUUACACACACAGAGUGGA